UUGCUCGCCAUUCUCACAACCCUGCUAGCGGUAGUCUUGAUGGCGACCCAGUCGUCCGCAACCAGGACAACCCGCAGACCAAAGCCUCAGAAUACCAAGAAGCCCCCUCGCGGAGGUGGUACCGGAGGAGGGGGAGGAGGUGGCGACCAGCCGGCCCGUCUGGGCUUCAGGCAGACCACCACCACCAUGGCCCCCUCCAGUAGCCUGGGCACCGACGAGACCACAGAGGAUACAAUGACGGACGCCUACUCCCUGUCCCCCACUGACAGCACCACCUACGCAGGCGACGCCUACCCCACAGAGUUCCACACAGACUCCAUGGCGCUCCCUGGAGCCGGCAUGGGAAACUACACCCUGGACUACAGCCACUGCUACUUAAACGUCUGCGAGUGCUGCCCACCUGAAAAGGGCCCCGUGGGGCCCCCAGGGGAGAGGGGGCCCCCAGGGCCUGGAGCGGAGAGGGGUCUUCCAGGUGUACCUGGAGAGAAAGGUGAUGUGGGACUCAUGGGACCUCCUGGACUGGAUGGUAUGCCUGGAGCUACUGGACUUGAAGGAGAUAAAGGUGACAAAGGCGAUCAAGGAGACACGGGGAUGCCUGGUGCUCCAGGGAUACUUGGGAAAGAGGGACAGAAAGGUGACUCGGGCCCCAAAGGAGACAAAGGAGAAACAGGCCUCCCUGGCUUGAAAGGAGACCUGGGAGAAAGGGGAAAGCCUGGGUGGAAUGGGACCCAGGGUGAAAAGGGUGACCUGGGUAAAAUAGGCCCUGCAGGUCCCUCCGGGCUGACUGGCCCAAUGGGACAGAAUGGCCAAAAGGGAGAGAUGGGGGAGUGUCCAACUGGUGAGAAGGGAGAGAAAGGGGAGGCGGGCUUGCCUGGCCCCAAUGGGCCGAGGGGGUCGGUGGGACCCCCGGGAGUAAAUGGAACCAAUGGUCUACCAGGGCCUGUAGGUCUGAGGGGUCAGCUAGGCUCCCCAGGAGGGAAAGGGGAGGCAGGGGGACGGGGGCCCCCAGGCUUGAGGGGCAUGCCUGGGCCGAAAGGAGAGAAAGGCCCCAAGGGCCCACGAGGUGUGCGGGGUCCCAAGGGGCCGCAGGGAGAGACUGCAGAGCAGAUACGAUCUGCCUUCAGCGUGGGCCUCUUCCCCAGCAAGUCCUUCCCCCCUCCAGGCCUUCCUGUCAAGUUCGACAAGGUCCUCUACAACGAAGAGGAACACUGGGACCCAAUGCUCAGCAAGUUCAAUUGCACCCACCCCGGGGUCUACGUGUUCUCCUACCACAUCACCGUGCGCAACCGGCCCCUGCGCGCCGCACUGGUGAUUAACGGCGUGAAGAAACUGCGGACGCGUGACUCCUUGUACGGUCAGGACAUCGACCAGGCGUCCAACCUGGCUCUGCUGCGUCUGGCAUCAGGGGACCAGGUAUGGCUGGAGACGCUGAGGGACUGGAACGGAGUCUACUCCAGCAGCGAAGACGACAGCACCUUCACCGGCUUUCUGCUCUAUGCCGACCCCAAGGCCUGA